UUGCACGUUGGACGGAAGUUGCGCAAACUGCGGCGCUGUCACCGGAGCUAUUAGCUACCUGCGGCUCUGAAAAAAAAACUGUUAAAACAUAGCGUUUACACUGACAGCGAGUAGAAGGUCGAACUGUUCCCUUAAUAACAUGGACGACGACGUUCUUACGACCCUGAAACUCCUCAUAAUCGGCGAGAGUGGCGUGGGGAAGUCCAGUCUCCUCCUGAGGUUCACAGAGGACACUUUUGAUCCAGACCAAUCAGCCACAAUAGGUGUGGACUUCAAAGUAAAGACACUUACUAUAGAUGGGAACAAGGCGAAGCUGGCUAUAUGGGACACAGCUGGACAAGAAAGGUUUCGCACUCUGACCCCCAGCUACUACCGUGGUGCACAGGGAGUCAUACUUGUCUAUGAUGUCACAAAGCGAGACAGCUUUACGAAGCUUGAUAACUGGCUGAAUGAACUGGAAACUUACACUACACGAAAUGAUAUUGUAAAAAUGUUGGUCGGGAAUAAAAUUGAUAAGGAUGACCACGAAGUGGACAGAAAUGAAGGCUUGAAAUUCGCUAGGAAACAUUCUAUGCUUUUUAUUGAGGCCAGUGCAAAGACCAAAGAUGGUGUCCAGUGUGCCUUUGAGGAGCUUGUGGAGAAGAUCCUCCAGACUCCGGGGCUUUGGGAGAGUGAAAGCCAUGGGGAGAAGGUUCGUUUCGGGGAGCAGGAUCAGGCCACCCGCGGGGCGUGUGGAGGAUAUUGCUCCAUACCCUGAAACAGGACAAAGCAGAUAAACACCAACCUGAUACGAAUGACUGCCGGUGACAGAAAGAAGAGAGGUGAACGCGGAGGAGUACUUUUGAAAACAAAAAGUUGUCGGAAUAGUUAAAUCAGUCGAACUGACCUUGCUGUUUGCACACUUCUUUUUCAACCAUCUGUCAUGUGUCGCUAUAUUCUGAAUGAAAGGAUUGUGGAAAAAUAGCCUUGUCUAAAGUAUAGUCUUUUAAACAAGCUUAACCAGUAUAAAUAUGUCAUACAAGUACAUUAAUUGAUCUUACUGGCUACUAUGAUUCUGUUGUACCUGAAGGCAUCAAGUCAAAUGUACUACAGUACAUAAACUCACCUGUUAUUAUAGUAGUCUGUUGAAUUCAGGAAAAUGCUUCUGUGGCUGUGUGCCUUGUUGAUGUUGACAUCCUUAUAGCUCCGGAUACAAAAGGAUCUUCAACAUGCACGAUAUGAACAUAUUUGCAUACUUUACUAAUUGCAUAUGAAAUGACAAGAGUUGAGGACCUCUAUUUAUUGUCUUUAUAAUAACAUAUGCACCAGAUCACUGUGAAUUCUGCCGAGAAGGAAGGUGAAAGAGGAAAUCACAGUGGACCCGUGUUGCUGACACCUCCUGCUUUAACAUUAGCUUAAUUAUUACUCAUUGCUAUUAAUUUCAGUAGAAGUUUAUGUUUAACUGAUUUCUUUCUUCAAGUCAAAACAAUUGACUUUGUAUUGUCAAAGUUUCUACAACCAAAUCUGUCUUUGCAUGUGUGAAAAUAUCUUCCAGAAGCUAACUUUGAGGUUUACAGUAUCAGUAGUGCAAUAAACUCGUACUGAGGUCACUGUUUGCCUUUAAGCAUGUAGCCUCACAUUGGUCCUGUAACCUUUUUUCCACGUGUUGCUCAGUUUGUUUAUAACGUCCCACUGACUUACUGAAGGCAUUUUUUUGAAGGAGCAUGAGAUCAUUCCCAAGAGCUUUGUUUCCGAACUUUGCUAGGAGUUUGACGUGUUGUUUCUUUUUGUUUGAUUUCUGUUUAAAAUCCCUCUUUUAUUCCUGUAUUAUGUCCUGUUGCUUUUGCUGUGCAUCACAUCCAGCGCUAUGUUGGAUCGCUAAAUGCCUUAACGUAGAAUGACUUUCACUAGGGUCAUUGUCAAGUAAUGUUUGUAUAGUUUCAAACUGAAAUAAAUGACAACCUCGAGA